AUGAGUCGAAAAGCGCCGCUUCAAAAAAAUGACGAGACUGAUCAAGCUUUGAGAAUCGCCAUUGUUGAAAAGGACCGGUGUAAGCCGAAAAACUGCGGCCUUGCCUGCAAGCGAUCUUGUCCGGUAAAUAGACAAGGUAUUUUAUUUCUUUCCCGUUCACUACACUUUUUUUGUCACAUAGGAAAACAGUGCAUCGUCGUCGAAACUACUUCAACGAUUAGCACCAUCUCUGAAAUUCUCUGUAUUGGUUGCGGUAUUUGCGUCAAAAAGUGCCCAUACGACGCCAUCAAAAUCAUCAAUUUGCCCGCGAAUCUGGCGAAUGAGACUACUCAUCGAUAUUCUGCCAAUUCGUUCAAACUUCAUCGUCUCCCAACCCCAAGAUGUGGAGAGGUACAGGAUUAAGCAGUUUUCAUGUGUCUUUCUCAUCACCAUCAGCCAAUCUAUGAAUUUUUGCAGGUGCUGGGUCUCGUAGGUACGAAUGGUAUUGGAAAGUCAACUGCGUUGAAGAUUCUUGCCGGAAAGCUGAAACCAAAUCUCGGACAAUUUGGCGUAAAUUUGAAAAAACUUGGCGUUUAAUGGAUAUUAUUUGAUUGUUUUUCAGUCUCCACCGGACUGGCCUUCAAUUCUUGCCUAUUUCCGAGGAUCGGAACUUCAAAACUAUUUCACCAAAAUUUUGGAGGAUAAUCUAAAAGCUGUCGUUAAGCCUCAGUAUGUAGAUCAAAUUCCAAGGUUGGGAUUUUAAUGAGAGAAUUUUUUUUAAAUCAACCUCAUUUCAGGGCUGCGAAAGGAACUGUUCAAGAUUUGCUCAAGAGGAAAUCGGACAAUGAAAAGCUCGAGCAUGUCGUUGAGCUCAUGGGUUGAAUUUGAUCUACAAUGGACCGAUUUUAAUCUGGUUAUGCAGAAUUGACCGGUGUGUUGAACCGGCAGAUUGAACAACUUUCGGGUGGUGAACUGCAACGGUUUGCCAUCGCAAUGUGUUGUGUGCAACGUGCUGACGUCUACAUGUUUGACGAGCCGUCUUCGUAUCUCGACGUCAAGCAGCGACUCAAAGCUGCCGCCAUUAUUCGCGAAAUGAUUACAGAUUCAAAGUAAACAGACUUCGUUUUUAAUCUCAUUGAUACAAAAUAGAGGAAACGAAAAAGAAAAAUUUAUUCCUUUUACAUGAUUUUUUUUUCUUUCCUGGUUUUUGUAUUCGUGAAAGAACACUCAAAGCGAGAAAAAUGGCAAAAGAAAAAUUUCAGUCGUUGUUCACGGUGCGCACGCUAUCGUCAAGUUGGCGAAAACUUUGUUCAGUAGCGAAAUGCAAAAUUAAUCAAAAAUUUAUUUAUGCAUUUUUUUUCCACUUUUUGACUGCCAUUUUGAAUUUCGCUAAAUCACUUUGAAAAUACGACGGCAAAAUUUCGAUUAUUUCGAAAGAAAAAAUUGACUUUUUCUUCGUUGAGAAUGUAACUUCGCAAAUUACCCUGAAUUGGAAUUCCGGCGACCAUUAAAAAAAGAUAUUGUGGGCCCAACUGCAGUGAAAUGACUCAAGUUUUUGAUAUCACAAAUUUUUAGUUCAUUUAGACAGUUUUAGUCGAAACAAAUUUUUUUGCAGAUCGAUUCGUAUUUUACGCAAUUUUACGAAUGAAAAUUACUCGAGUUUCGCAGAUACCGGAAUCACUUUGAACGCGUCGACGCAAGCACGAUAUAGAAAAAGGAAGCGCGAUAAAGUCCCUGUCGGAAUAUUUGCUACUACUUAGGCCGUGUUCAAAGGGAUUCCGCGAAAUGCCAAAUAGCACUCAGGAAGAGAUAAAAUGUAACUAAUUUGGAAAGUCGGGAUCUUUAAAAAAGCGAUUCUUGAAAAGAAAAAAAGAUUUAAAUUUUUAGCUAUAUCAUCGUUGUGGAGCAUGACCUCGCCGUUCUUGAUUACCUCUCCGAUUUUAUUUGCUGUUUAUACGGUGUUCCUGGAGUUUACGGAGUGGUGACACUUCCUUCCGGAGUCCGCGAAGGCAUCAACAUGUUUCUCGACGGUUUCAUCCGUACAGAGAACAUGCGCUUCCGGUAUAAAACAAUUUUAUAAUUACUAAUCACCAUCUCGCACUUUCAGGGAAACCAAGCUAUCGUUCAAAGUAGCAGAGCAACAGGAAGAGGUUGUGAAGCGAACCGGAAAUUUCAAGGUAUUUUUUUUGUCUCAAUCAGGUUUAAUUUUCACAACUAAUAGAUCCUCUCUAUACAAGUGGUGUUUUGUAUGAAGGUCGAAAAAUUUCAUUUUUUUCGUAAAUUUUUUUACUCCUCAAUUCACGCUUUGAUUUUUUUCAGUACCCCGCCAUGUCGAAAAACCUCGGAGGUUUCAAACUAAACAUCGAAGCUGGAGAUUUUUGUGAUUCGGAGAUCAUUGUCAUGCUUGGAGAGAAUGGAACAGGAAAAACAACUAUGAUACGGUAUUUUGAAUUUUAUUCACAAACAUAUUGAGAAGAUUUUUUUGCAAGCGUUUUAGGAUAAAAAGAAUCACUCAGGAGUUCAAAAAGAACUUUGGUGAAACAUUUUAAUUGUUUUUUUCUUUUUGUUUUUUUCAACAAAUCAAUGCCCUUUUUUUGAAGUAUGCUGGCUGGCUCUUUGAAGCCCGACGAAGAAGAUGCUGAACUUCCCCCUAUGAGCAUCUCGUACAAGCCUCAGAAAAUCAGCCCCAAAUCGGAGAAUUAUGUUUGAUUUUUUUUUGUUUUUGAUUCUAAGAAAUUUCAAAAUUUCAGGUGCGACAUAUGCUUCACGAGAAAAUCCCGAACAUGUAUACUCAUCCGCAAUUCAAAACCGACGUCAUGAACCCCCUGAUGAUGGAAGAACUGCUGGAUCGCGAGGUAUAUCAGGAGAAAAAGAAAAAAAAAUAAACAAAUGUUUAGGUGCAAACAUUAUCCGGAGGUGAGCUGCAACGCGUCGCUUUGGCUCUCUGCUUGGGAAAAACGGCGUCGGUUUAUUUGAUUGACGAGCCUUCAGCGUAUCUCGAUUCCGAACAACGUUUGCAUGCGGCCAAAGUUAUAAAGAGGUUCAAAUUUUCUUUCUUUUUUUUUCACUGAAUAAAACGGCAGAUUUAUUAUGCAUGCGAAGAAAACGGCGUUUGUCGUUGAGCACGAUUUCAUCAUGGCCACCUACUUGGCCGACCGAGUCAUUGUUUUCGAAGGACAGCCCUCUGUUGAGGCCACCGCUUGCAAGUAGGAGUUUUAGAAUUUCGGUUAGCGAUAUAAAAAUAAGCGUUCAACUUUUUCGCUUUUUUUCAAAGUGGCCAUUUUUUUGAAAUAUUUGAAGUUUUUCAAAUCUGUUUGGUUGUCCAAAAAUGCGUAGAGUUCUCAAUUUUGGUUAGGUUUUGAGUUUGGAAAAGCCCAAAAUAGAAUCUUUUUUCUAAUGAACUUCACGUUGAACUUUCAUGACUUGAAUCGGAUUAAGUUGAGUGCGAAAUAGUGUUCAAUAAGAUUUGAAAGCAUUUUUUGGCGAAAAGAGAAAUACUCAAAAAAAAAGAAUUUUUGUUACUUUAAUGACAACAGUUUUUGAAAACUUGCUUUAAAACUGGUUUUAUUAUCAAAAAAUACGUAUUUUAAAACUGUUGACGCCUCAGUAAAUCCCAAAACCUUUUCAAAAUUCGAAAAACUUGAAAAAUACUCAUCAUAAAAAAGCGACCGAACCGAUCGACUUUUCCAGCAUGUCGUUUUUGUAUAGUGUAUAUUUUAUUGCGUAAAGAACUUAACGAGUUUAUCGACUUUUACAUUUUGUGGAAACUGCCAUCCCACACUUCUGCCGAGGGUUUUGCAUGGAAAAAAAAAGUUUGUACUUGAGCUUGUAACUUCACUUGUAGGUUUACUUGUAAAUGCUCUUCAACUCAUAAUUGUACACCCUGAUUAACGUAUUGUGAUUUUCGUAAUCGAUGCAAAGAAGAUUAUUCGAUUUUACUUGUAAAACUACAGUUAAAAUUACAAAAAACUCCAUGAUGUAAAUAGACGGGCAAGUAAAAUUAAAACACUAGGAAAAACUUGCACGACUUUCAAAACACAUUACGGAACCUCGGCAGGGGCGUGCCAACAGCAGCCUCCACAAUCACGAAGAGUAAGAACAGUAGAAAAAAAAAAUUACACGUGAUCUUAGAGACAACCUGAGCGAGUGCUGAGUGCUCCCGGAUAUGAUUAUAUUUUAGGCCGCAAAAUUUGCUGGAAGGAAUGAACCGUUUCCUGAGAAUGCUGGAUAUUACUUUCCGUCGUGAUUCGGAGACCUAUCGACCGAGGAUCAACAAGAAGGAAUCGGUAAAGGACGUGGAGCAGAAGAGAAGCGGACAAUUCUUUUUCCUCGAUGACAAUUAG